ACACUAGGCCUCCUUUGCAGGCUGGCUCUGUUUCCGUCAUGUCCGCGCCACAACCUCCACCUAAUAGGUGGCAAACUUGCAUCACCCACGGCCACGCUGGCUCGGUCAACCCUAGUGCUGCUAUAGACGUUCAUGUUUCCUCAUCCGGAAUACACAUCCGGCCCUUCCCAGCAACACCGCCGACGUCCGCCUCUCGGUGUAUUAUGCGCUACCAACAAUCAUCCCUUUGCACGAUGACUACGGCGUCACCAAAGUUAUCGGCCCCAUCCAGGUCCGCUUUGAGACGGGGCGGAAGUCGAAAAUAGCAAGGUUGACCUUUUGGGAUGGCCAGUUCAAAAUUGUUGACAAACCGAACCUCGACUGGAGCGGGUCCGGAUCGCCGACCGCUGAAAGGGUGGAAUGGAUUCAUGAUCUCGGCUCGGCGAACCUAGUGUUCGAGUGUGGACUCGGAAUGUCCUUUUCAUUCAAUAUAGAAGGCUCGAGUGACCUGAAUAAUCUUUAUGAGCGCUACGUGGCGAUCCAUUCGGCGGGAGUCACGCUCAUGCAUUAGGGCAUUGCCCGAGGCAAGCAGCACAGGGUCAAGAUGUUUGGCGGGGUCGGCAUUGGUGCUUCUGUUUGAUGAUUGAUAUCAUAGGUUCUUCUAUGUUAAUUAGUUGAGGUAUUCAAGGCCCUUA